AUGGUAGAUGAUGGAGAUGGAAAACCAGCUUUCCGGCCCUACUCUUUCUGCAACAAGACAAACAAGAAUUUAGCACAACGUCGCCCCGCGCCGCGCGUCACGUGGUGGCAAGCGAACGCACUCCUGGACGACACCUACGAGUCGGCGGGCGAACGCCGCGUUCGCAACAACCUGUACAUCGACGAGCUGGAGCGCAAGCAACUGCUCACGGUGCUCACCUGCCAAGCCAUCAACAACAACCUCACCGUCCCGCUUUCAGCUGCCGUCACCAUCGACUUGAAUCCAGCCUUUGUCUAA